GUGAGCUCCAAGGCCAGGCUUGCUUUGAUUUUCUCAUUUGCGUGGAGUAAACCAAGCUGGACGCUCAUCCUCCUCCUCCUCCUCCUCCUCUUUCUCCUCGUCCUCCUCCUCAGGCCAGGUCAGCCAUGCAUCUUGCGCAAGAGGUCCGAACUGCUGACAUUGAGCUUAAGGAAAAAGGAGCCACCGAAGCGUCACUCGCAAUAUCAGAUGCAAACCACCUGGCCAGUAAAAUCAUUCCUGCACAGUCCAACCCUGACAGUUUGAAGGGAAAUCUUAGGCCGCGGCCUGGGUGUAACCUCAUCUACUCCAUAAAUGAUCGCCCACCAUGGCACCUCUGCCUUUUACUGGGCUUCCAGCAUUACAUACUGGCUUUCGGUGGGAUCUUGGCCAUCCCUUUAAUCCUCGCUGAGCCGCUGUGCAUUAAGGACAACAAUGCAGCCAAGAGCCAGCUCGUCUCCACCAUCUUCUUCGUGUCGGGAAUUUGCACCAUGCUUCAGACCACCGUCGGAACCAGGUUGCCAAUCUUACAAGGAGGAACAUUUACCUUCAUCACACCAACGCUAGCUAUCCUGGCACUGCCCAAGUGGAAAUGCCCACAGGGAGGCCUGAGUCCUGAGCUCAAUGAUACAGUAGUGCCAGUCUCUCGCUUAGACGCUGAGGAAGGGUGGAAAAUGCGUAUGCGAGAGAUCCAGGGAGCGAUCCUGGUUGCGUCGUUGCUUCAGGUCGUGCUUGGCCUCUCGGGGCUGGUGGGGUUCGUGCUGAAGUUCAUCGGACCGCUGGCUAUCGCUCCCACCAUCAACCUGAUUGGUCUAUCGCUCUUCAUCCAAGCUGGGAAGAAGUCAGGAACACACUGGGGCAUUUCAGUUCUGACUGUCUUUCUUAUACUCCUCUUCUCCCAGUAUCUCAGCAAGGUCAAAGUUCCUCUCAUUGCUUAUAGGAAGAAAAAGUGGAAAGUGUUUCGGUACCCUCUGUUUAGCCUGUUCUCGGCUUUGUUUGGGAUGUCUGGAGCUUGGCUGGUGUGCUUCCUCCUGACAUACUUCGAUGCUCUGCCCACUUCCCCACACGAGUAUGGUCACCAGGCCCGGACAGACAUCAACCUGGAUGCAGUUAGCAGCGCAGAGUGGUUCUUCAUGCCUUAUCCAGGGCAAUGGGGUCUCCCGACCGUGAGCAUCUCCUCCGUCUUGGGGAUGAUGGCAGGGGUACUCGCGUCUACCAUGGAGUCCAUCGGGGAUUACUAUGCCUGUGCGCGUCUCUCUGGUGCCCCAACUCCGCCCACCCAUGCUAUUAACCGUGGCAUUGCAGUGGAGGGCCUGGGCUGCAUCCUGGCGGGGCUGUGGGGCAGCGGCAACGGGACCACCUCGUACAGCCAGAACAUCGCUGCAUUGGGGAUCACCAGGGUGGGAAGCAGGCUGGUCCUGCAGACGACCGGACUCCUCAUGAUCGUCCUGGGCCUCUUUGGGAAGUUCAGCGCCAUCUUCAUCACCAUCCCGGAGCCGGUAAUCGGAGGCAUGUUCCUGGUCAUGUUCGGGAUGGUCGCCGCUGUGGGAAUCUCAAACCUGCAGUAUGUGGAUUUAAACUCAUCCAGGAACCUGCUGAUCUUCGGCGUGUCGAUCUUCACCGGACUCGUGUUGCCGACAUGGUUUCAUUCAAACCCAGACACCAUCCACACGGGUAUAACGGAACUCGAUCAGCUCAUCAUGGUCCUCUUUACUACCCCCAUGUUCAUUGGUGGCUUCUUGGGAUUCAUCCUAGAUAACACUAUUCCAGGAACAGAUGAGGAACGAGGGAUAAAACGCUGGAGGAAUACCGUCGAUGGCAGUAACUCGGCGACGUUCGGCAACCCGUCAUGUUACGAUCUGCCUUUCUGCACAAACCUUCUUCAAAAAUUCGAGUUCCUCCAAAACUUUCCAUUCCUUCCAUCCGUUAAAUCUCUCGACCCAUUGGGAACUCGCCUAUAAAACCUUCAGGGGUCUUUUAAAGGGACAUGUAA